ACAGAACAGAGAGUCCGACCAGCUCCAGGAGCAUUUUACAGACUGUCGGAACAAUAACAAUAGGGAUAAUUUACAGCAAGUCCAUCCAAUGACAGAAGAGAUUAGAGUUCAACCAAUGAGAGGCGAGGUUACAGAUAGAAAGCGAAUGUAGAAUCAGAAUAGUAACAAGAGGUCCUUUCCGGGAGCAGCCAACAUACACAGGAUAACAUCCAUACUUUUCGUGAGACAAAAGCUAAAACAGCAGAAUAUAUCGCAAGUUAUAUCAAGCAUGCAAGAAGCAGGAGAAAAUGAAGACAUUAUUGUAUCUGACGGAGAAGUGUCUCGAAGCUUUCAACCGAGAUCCGAUAGUAACGAACGAGAGGAGAAGACUGGCUUUAUAGACAGGGAACCCCGUAGAUCGUCUGAUAGGAAAACUUCCUACAUGUCCAGAUUAAAAACAGACUCCGCCUAUAAAGAAAACGUUAUUGUUAGUCUGGUUUUAUGCUGGACCUUUGUCACCUUGGGGUGGGCGUCUGCACAAUUUGGACCAGCUUUCCUUGACCUUCAAAUUAUUACAAGGACAAAUGUGAAGAAAGCGUCCGGUUUCUUGACCGUUAGAUCCGUUGGGUUCCUGGCAGGUUCAAUCUUGACGGGAAUUCUUUUUGACAGAUAUAGCAAGUUACUUUUGGUGUCAAUCUUUCCAUUGGCGGGUGCAGUGAUAUCAGCCGUCCUGCCCUGGUGUUUCUUGUACGAACUCAUGAUGGCAGUGCACGUUUGUGCCGGCUUCUACCAAGGAGGAAUCGGUGCCAGUGGAAACGCUCUUCUCAUGUACACUUGGGGGCGAGAAGGGAACUCCUUCAUGCAGGCUUUACACUUCUCCUUCGCCUUUGGUGGUAUCAUGUCCCCAUUGGCGACUUCACCUUUCUCCUGGACACACAUGAGGAUUCAAUUGACACAUUUACCACUGAUGUCACACCCGUCGGUCCGUAUAGUGACUACAGCAUCAACGUGUCUUACUACACAAACACUACUAUUAUCAAUUCUAGUAUCUUUGAUAAUGCUACUGUUUCACUCACUGACGACCAAGAUAACUCCAGAUUGUAUAUAGCAUACUGUUUAACUGCAGCAAUGAACAUAUCCGCUACGAUACCGUUGUUCAUUAUGUAUGUAAGAUCACGAAAACACCAAAAACUUAAUUCAAUAAAGAAAACAGGCGUUAAACGGAUAACGAGGGAGCAUACUUUUGGAUUCAAAAUUCUAAUUCUCGUUUGUCUGUGUCUGUUUAUGGCAGUUUACUGCGCCAUGGAGGAAACAUUCACUGCAUAUUUUGCAUCGUUCUGCGUUACACAGUUGGCCUGGUCAAAGGUCCAAGGAUCCUACGUCACAUCGCUGUACUGGGCUGUCUUCGGGCUCGCUCGCUUCUCGGGAAUUUGGGUGGCAAAAUAUGUUUCCCCUACAAAAAUCAUUUGUGUGUUAACCAUUGUUCUGUGUGUUGAUUUAGGAGUGUUGUAUGUUUCUUCAAGUUUCUCGAUUGAUGGAGGUAUCUGGGCAUGCGCAGUUUUCACGGGAGCAUCAAUGUCCCUAAUCUAUCCAUCCUUGAUCUUGUUGACAGAAGAAAAACUACUUCCGGUUUCGGGCAAAGUAAUGUCCCUCUUUAUUAUGGCAUCGUCAGGUGGUACAAUAGCCAACCCAAUCAUUUUAGGAUACUUAAUGGAAACCUUCACACCUAUGUGGUUCACAUACCUGUUGUUUGGGGAGAGCGUAGUGUUGAUUAUUCUAUUUCUCAUCCUCUUACUGAUAGCGAGGCUGUCGGAAUCUAGAUUUAGUGUCAGUAAAUCGUGUGGCAUUGUCAAAGAGGAAACAGCGAACGAACAUGUUUAAGGAAAUGAGAGCUUACCGGGGUAAAAACACUUGUGAAUGAAUACAGAUUUGUGCAAGGUAGAUCCUUUAAGUGCCUUUUACACCCUUAGAUCAGAGAGAUGGUCAGUUAUCGUGCCCUCCGUAGGUUCUAAUCUCUUUUAAUGUAUAUUGAUGCCAAGUUUGGCCAAAAUUGGACUUGUUUGGUUUUUGUAAGUUGAGGGAUGCUGUGUCACCUGUUCCCAUAUUUGUGACUUCACAGUACACUGAGUUCGUCUGUUUCACUAAUUAAAAGUGUCCACGUGUUAAACAUGUAUGUACAAAUAUUAACAAUCCGAUUUUAAUAAUUGAUCUAUCAGCUUAUAGAAGUAAAUAAUGCUCUCUUUCUGCACGUUCUCUUAAUA